UGCUCACUCGAUCACUCGCUCACUCGCUCACAACCAUUUAACAUCAAAUGCAGCAUGGUGCGAGUGCGCCUGACAGAGCGGCAGUGGUCACGGCUGCUGACUGCAUGGCUGUUGGCGCUGACAGUCUCCACUGCAACGCACUUCUUCUCCCCACAUUGCAGCAGGUCAGAGAACAUUGUGGUGAACAAGGCAGAGGGGCGUCUGACUCCCUGCAACAACACCUCUGCUCACCCCACCGCAGACACACCCUGCCAAGGUGUGGUGGAGGUGCUACUUGAUGGGCCGCUACACCCUACUGACAACCGGCUGCUGGAGUGGGUGAAGCAGGGUGGUGGCAGCCGGGUCUUCCCUCCCUCCACUCUGCCCUAUAAUAUCACAAUUGACAACAUCGGAGGCUGGAGGGGCACCGGAGUUUGGAAGUUCUACGUCAAGGUCGUCGAAAGAUACUUUGGCAAAAAGGAAGGUGGGUUCUUCGUGGAGGCUGGCGCCCUUGAUGGUGUGCUGCUGUCAACGACGCUGACGCUGGAGCAGAACCAGGCUUGGACUGGUCUUCUAGUGGAGCCAAGACCAGACAUGUUUCAUCAGCUGCUCAACACACACCGCAAGGCCUACGCCGCUAGAUUCUGCCUCUCAGAGAAACCUUAUCCUCACAAGGAACGUGUCAGCAAUUUCUAA